AUGACGUACGCCGCCGCAGCCGCAUUGCACCCGCAGGGUGCCACCGCGGGAGGCCAGCCCGCCGCGCCUGCGGGCCCGGCCGCCGCCGCGCGCGUGCCGCCGCCGCCGGCGGCGGCGGCGUGCAGGCGCGGCUGCACUUUCACUGUCCCUAAUCCGGGAAGGAAGCGCGGGCAGCAGCAGCGCGGCAAGGGCCGCAGUGCCAGCGGCCGCGCCAAUGCUGGACCCCGGCUCGUCGACAAGAACGCGCUGUCGGCGCGCGGCGGCGGGCCCUCGCGCCAGUCGCGCUCUCCCUCACCGGACUCGCCGCCCGCCAAGCGGGCGUCCUCCGCCGACUCCUCCGGCUAUGACACCGAUCUACCGGACGAGGUGCAGCAGGAGGCGGUCCGCAGGGUCUGCGGCGCGCUCGGCCUGAAGGAGCAGUACGACGCGGCGGUGGCGGCGGGAGAGCUGCUCGAGCUGCUCGAGAGCCUGCCGCGAGGGACAGUCGAGGCCUCCAUCCGGCUCAUGCGGGGAUACACCCGCACGGGCGAGUGGCCCGAGCCCAUCCUACCCAGCCCUGCCCCGGAGCGCGGCCGAUCGCCUAGAAGCCCCUCUGAUGAGUGGUCAGAUGAAUAG